GUGGAAUAGAAUAACUUUAAUAAUUAUCUGGCUUCAGUUAAGAACUUUUAAAUGUCUGAGUGUGAAUAUUAAUUAGCAGUUAAUGCGAGCAAAUAUGAAGAUGAAUUCUGAGGCUGAAAAAACUAAACCAGAUAAACAUGAGCAAAUGAAACAAAAAAGGGAAAAAAUGCAAAAACUGACAUCAAAAUGUACCAUCAACCCAGAUAAAUCAAAAACUGACAUCAAAAUCCUUUAAAGGUUUUCUUUUUUUCUUUUAUUGUUCUUCUCAAUUCAGCCCAAAAUCAAGAAACUCAUCUCUCUGUGUCAAGACCGACAGUAUCCGGACUGCAUCUAAUCUAAAAUUUGCUGCAACCCACAAAGAUUCCCUUACUUUUUCUCUCUCUAGGCUUUCUUGAUUUCUUCACCGAGUGGGUUUUGGUACAAUAAUGUUGAUGGGUCAAACGUAGCAGCAGACAGAAAAAAGAAGAGCAUGUUGUAAUAAGGAGAAAAGAAGAAAAAAAAUAAAAAAAUAGCACAGUACAAUUUUUGCUCCAGGGUCAUGGACGACGAACAUAAUCGUGCAUACUCAUCACACGAGAUGCACUCUGAAGACGAUAAUACCCUUCGUGAAAAAAACAAGAAAAGGACCGUGAAGACACACACUCAGCUUCAAACAUUGGAGAAAUUCUACAACGAACAUAAAUAUCUCACAGAGUCCAUGAAAGCACAACUCGCCGUGAAAAUCUGCUUGACCGAAAAGCAAGUCUCCGAAUGGUUUUGCCACCGGAGGUUAAAGGACAAGAGGCUUCUAGCUAACAUGCAAGACUCGUGCGGAAGCACAAAACAUGUUGAGAAUAGAAAACUCCACAUAAGGGAAUUCGAGAGUGAAAUUUCGAAUCUCCAAGAAUAUAAUAAGCUCACACAAGAGCAAAAUAAUGGCCGCUGUUUCGGGACGAACUGCCACAUGGAUGAUGCAUCUUCCGGAAGUAGCUCCUCACUAAGGAAUAUGGCAAAUCAAGGCAAAGGGAGCCCAUUUGACAUGGAAAGGUCAAGAGAACGAGUGCCAAAAUUCCCAAUUGAUAUGACGGGCCUAAACAAUCCUAGACUUGGCCCGGCGGGCUACUUGAAAGUGAAGGCCCAAGUUGAGAAUGCUGCUAUAACUGCAGUAAAAAGGCAGAUGGGGAAGCAUUGUAGGGAGGAUGGCCCGCCGCUCGGUGUUGACUUUGACCCGCUACCUCCCGAAACUUUCUAUACUGAAGAACCUGUUCUGCCUGCCUCACCUGAUAUUUCAAAAUUCCACCAUUAUUCUAAGUCUGGCAAGGCAAGUGAAUCUGGACAUUUUUCUAGAAUUAGCACAGGGCAUGAAUACAACUCCAAAGUGCCACAAGUGUCCGAUAUUCCUGAUAACUACGUUCGCCAAAGUUAUAAAGAGAAUACUAAUUUAUCCAACAAUGGUGCUUAUUAUCCCCAAAGGGACACUUUUGAAGAAUUUCCUGAAGUUUCUCCUACGGAAAUAUCUGUUGCUGAGAGUAGAGAUGACUAUAGAACGAAGUACAAAGAUGGUGCACAAGUUAUGAAAAUGAGUUCUUUCUCCAGCAGCAGUUGUGGCUGGAAUUUUAGAAAGGAGCAAGAGUCUAGCUUCAGUACGUUUUGUUAUUUGCCCGGAAAUGGUUACAAACAAGAAAAUAUUGGAAACGAGUCACCCAAUUUGAUCAAGAAAGGGUUUGAGCAGAUGCAGCCUAAGAGAAUUGCAAAGAAGGAUGGAAAAACUCAUUCUGAUAGAACGCUAGAAAGUGAAAAUCAUAGUCUGGUUCGAGACAAGAAUGAUAGGAACGAUCUGAAAAGAAUGAGAGAUGAAUGUCCUCAGCAGUCGCAUUUGAAGAGAUCGUCGAUGGUGGAUUACCAAUCGAGAGCAUAUCAAGUCGCAAGCGAAGAUGAAACGAGUGCAGAGACAAGUUCUUCAGUGGAGUAAAAACCUAGCAAACAAAUAAGAACAUACCAAGGAUAGCCUGAGGAUGAUUUCUGAGCGAGGAACAUUGAUCUGUAAAUAGCCGAAUGUUGUAGAUUAUUGCUUUUCACUCAGUUAUUUAACUUUCUUGUACAGAAUCUGAUUCUUUUGCCUUUUCAAUUUCAACCAUAGAAUACUCCAUUAGACUUGUCAUGUAUAGGCUCUCUCAUUAUUGAAUUGCUUCUGCAACUUAUAUCGGUG